AUGGAAGGUGUGUUGGACUUUGACAACUUCGACGUGGAACUAGAUGAAGGCCUUCUAAAGAAAAAGAGUAGCAGAUGUACUGAUGAUUUCUUAACCUCACUGUGUCUUGAGGAUGGAGAUGAAGAUUUCAUAAUCCCUGUAUUCGAGAAUGUUGAAGAUAAUACAACACCUGUGGAGGAAGAACCUUUGGAUGACGAGCAGGUGGAGGAUGAAGCUUUGGAUGAAGGGGGAAUUAUAGUGAGGCUGAGUUUAAGUAUAACACCCAUGAUCCAAACGUAA